AUGUUAACCCUCAAUAAAACUACAUUUAAUACGUCUGUGAUUCACAAACUUUGGGCUGAUAGUCCUGGAUUUAAAUUUCAAAGGUUUUACAACUCCCAUUUCUUUCCAUCAUCUUCUUUACCAACUAUUAGUUUUAACCUAAAUAAAUCUUAUCCACUGACACAAUCCAAUGAUUCCGAACCUUCACUAAAUCAACUGAAUUUAACUUUUAAUUACCCCAAGAAAAAUUUAUUUAAGACCAGUUACAGGACAUUUUCAGGAGCCGCCUCCAAAGACGAAACCGCACCUUCGUUUAGAAAUGAAACAAAACCAAAGUUUUACGCCCCGUAUAUAUUUGAGGAAGUUACUACUCCCAGAGGCGGAGGACCUAUUUACUGGAAAAUGAGGAUGUUUUUUAUGAAAUUGAAGCGGAGGAUGCUUAUGAGAUCAAGGGAACGGAGGUGGAACUGGGACAUUUUACGAGCUGCCUUUGCUGGAGUCCCAAAGUAUUCAUACGACCCCAAAAUUAACCAAUGGAUACCGCUCAUGGAUAACGAGGAGUGGGGAGGUCUAGGAGGAAGAUUUUGGAUACAGUUUUCCAACGUGAUUCUAUUCAACUUCCUCCUCGCUUUUCUUCUCUACUUUUCCUGGUACAGAAUAGUAGCAAACAACAAGCACAACGUAUUCGCUAGGUGGAGGAACCGUGAUGAGGACGAUUAA